UAAACAUGGAGAAACGGGUGAACGUGUGGACUUGUUUAAUUCUAAUAAUAUGCCUUUAUAUACCCAGCAUUUCGCCUGAGACAGAAACAAAAGCUGAAAAGCAAUGUACUGGCGGUGACGAUCCCGACAGUUCAAACAAAGGAUGUGGCUGUGCCGCGACAAAUCGAAAACAUGAUGACAAAGGGGAGGGUGCAGACCAAUCUGAACGUGCAGACGAACUUUCUUCUUCGGCUGAGAAGGGACCGUUAAACUUGGGCCCUGCUGCGGUGAAGAGUCCGUACGCUCGGACGAAUCAAAUGGUGUAUAUUCCAGGAGGUGUGUUUACGAUGGGCGUCGCCCAGCCUAUUCUUCCCGGAGACGGGGAGGGGCCACCACGGGAGGUAGAGGUGACGGGGUUUUAUAUGGACGUGCACGAAGUCAGCAAUGCAGAGUUUGGUUUGUUUGUCAAUGACACGGGUCAUGUUACCGAGGCAGAGACAUUUGGUGAUUCAUUUGUGCUGGAAACAAGAAUUAGUGAAGAAGUUUUAAAAGGAAUUUCACAAGCAGUGGCAGCAGCUCCUUGGUGGCUUCCUGUGAAGGGGGCAGAUUGGCGCCACCCUGAUGGGCCUGAUACUGAUUUAAAAGGAAGGAUGGACCAUGCUGUUAUCCAUGUAUCAUGGAAUGAUGCUGUAGCCUACUGUAAGUGGGCAGGAAAACGUUUACCUACAGAGGCAGAGUGGGAAUAUGCCUGUCGUGGUGGAUUGAAGGAUAGAUUAUUCCCAUGGGGCAAUAAACUCACACCAAAAGAUGAGCAUCGCCUGAAUAUGUGGCAGGGAGAAUUUCCAAAAGAAAAUACAAAAGCUGAUGGUUUUGAUGGGCCAGCACCAGUAACCAGUUAUCCCCCCCAGAAUAAGUUUGGGUUGAAGAACAUGGUUGGUAAUGUGUGGGAAUGGGUGUCUGACUGGUGGAACAUCAGACAUACCACAGACUUCAAGAAAGAUCCUAAGGGACCAGACAGCAGUAGUGACAAAGUGAAGAAAGGUGGAUCAUAUAUGUGCACUAAGGAGUUUUGCUAUCGAUAUAGAUGUGGUGCCAGAAGUCAGAACACACCAGACAGUUCUGCCGGGAACUUAGGUUUCCGAUGUGCAGCAGAUCAACUUCCACAAUAUCUUGAUAUUCCAGAAAAAGAUGAACUAUAAUUUUUGAAAGUAAAAAGUAGAUAAUUUUUAGAGACUACAUAUGUCUUUACCUAUGCAGUAUGACAGUUUCAACCCUACAUUAAAAGGCCUUGAUCAUAUGACUUUGACUUUGCCAGUCAUUGAGAAUUAAAUCAUGAAAUCAAAAAGGAAUAAAAUUUUAUAUACAAGUGAAAUGACAGACUGUACAAUGAUUCAUUGGUGGAAGAAAAUAACCUAUUUUUUUCCUGAGGAAAAUUCAUUCAAUGGGUAAAUUCCGUACAGUGUAUGGUAUACUUCAGUAGAUCCAGGAGCUAUUUUCUCAAUGUUAUUGCUCACUAAUUAAUUAAUUAAUUUAUUUUUGCAAUGGAUACUCGUCUGGCUAAAAUUAUCAUUUCAUAAAACUUGUGCUAGUGUUUACUGUUGGCUUGCUUACUUUGCUUUUCGGUACAUUUCUUUAGAGAUAUCCUGUGGUACCAUCCCACACUAUAUAAGAAGGAAGAUUCACAUUACUGUCUUACUUCAUGUCUUAAACGCAUCAAAGAGACUGAAAUUAAAUGGCAAAUAUUCUGCCCAGGGGAGGGGGCAACCAGAUGGCAGCUUAUGUUAUGUUAUUAUAUUCUGUUUGCAAUUUAAUAGCACUGACAAAGGAUUUUAUAAAUAAAGAGUUGCCUAUAAAGGUUGUCUCAGAAAUUUUUUUA